AUGGCCAAGCACUCAAAAAAGGCCAAAGGGCCCCAGCGCUCUGAAAACGAUGCGGCCAAGCUCAAAAAUGGAUUGAGUGAGCUCACUACUCAGAUUCAGGAGAAAUUGAACGGCAAUCCCUACAACAAGCGAAAGAAUCCGCCUACGGAAGCCUCUGGCAAGCAGAAGCAGCGAAAGCAGCGCGAUUCCGAGGGUGCACCGCCCGCGAAAAGCACCAAGGCCGAGGAAGAGGCUUUGCUGGCAGAAAUCAAAGCCCUGGGAGGCGACGAGGAAGAUUGGCGUCUGAUCAAUGAAGUCGGUUCCGAUGAUGAAGCAGUCGCUUCGGAGUCAAAGGCGCCAGUAGACAAGCGUCUGAAAGAGGAGCUGGCAGCUCUAUCUAAAGAACUUGGCUUUGCUGGUCUUGCGCCGGUUGAUGCUAGCGAUGACGAAGAAGAGGAAGAAGGCGAUCAGGAGGAGGAAGACGAGGGGGAAGAUUCCGACGACGAUGUCAGCAUAGACGAUGGCAAGAACAAGAACCAGAACCAGAACAACAACAAAACCAAGAAGGAAUCAAAAGAAAAAGGCCCCGUUGAAAAUGAUAUGCGACGUGUCGAAGGCUUGAUUUUCGAGCCGCGCGCAGACUGGCAUGCUGCUAGACUAGCCCAGCUACCCGGACCUACAGUGGAUGACAUUGGCCCGUUCAUGUCGGCCAUCAACUCCUUGAAGGAGCACGGAAAAUAUCUCUUGGAGACGGAGGCGGCUAAAUACAGAACAACCAUUUUUGCAUCCUCGUCUCACAAGUUCCUUGCCACUAUCAUGACGUCUGGUACCCUUACAGACAAGGUUUCCGCUCUUACCUUGGCCUGUCAAGAGUCUCCCGUUCACAACAUUCGCGCAUUCGACACCCUGAUGAAUCUGGCUUCGAAGAAGAGCCGAGCACAAGCCAUUGGAGCUAUAGGAGCACUCGUGGAUAUGCUUGGCCCCGGCUCACUCCAACGAGCUUCUGCCAAAAUCUGGGCCCCAAGCCAACCUUUGCCCGGCAAAAUUACGCAAGCGCACUUAAUAUCUUGGGCAUACGAAGACUGGUUAAAGGAAACUUAUUUCAAAAUCAUUCAACUCUUGGAAAUCUGGUGUUCCGAUGAGAUUGAAUAUUCUAGAAUGAGGGCCGUCGAUUUCGUCUAUGCCUUGUUAAAGGAUAAGCCGGAGCAAGAGUCGAACCUUUUAACUCUACUCGUCAACAAGCUGGGUGAUCGUGACCGAAAGAUUUCGUCGCGGGCGUCAUAUCUCCUCCUACAGCUGCAAAACUCACACCCUGGUAUGAAGCCGGUUAUCGUACGAACGGUGGAACAAGAGAUUCUACUUCGACCCUCGCAGGACCAUCGUUCACGCUACUAUGCCAUCAACACCCUUAACCAAACGAUCCUUUCAAACAAGGAGCCGGCUGUAGCUGAGUCUUUACUUCGUAUCUAUUUCGACCUUUUUGCCACAAUACUCAAGACAGGAAAGCUUGGCAUGCCGAUAGAAGAGGAAUCUAGCAAGCCCCAGAAAGGACAGAAGCCUGAGACUGAGGCAGCUGAUAAGCUUGUUUCUGCUCUGUUGACCGGUGUCAACCGUGCCGCACCAUUUGUCGGCACUAAUGACAUGGUUAUGGAGCGUCAUCUCGACACGCUGUUCAAGAUUGCGCACUCUUCCAACUUCAACACUGGCAUCCAAGCUUUGCUGCUCAUUCAACACCUCUCCUCUGCCAGAAAUCUUGGCAGCGACCGUUUCUACAGGACUCUGUACGAGUCGCUACUUGACCCCCGUCUCAUGACCUCUUCAAAACAAGCGCUCUACUUGAACUUGCUUCUCCGGGCACUGAAGAACGAUGUUGACGUGCGAAGAGUCAAGGCUUUUGCCAAGCGAAUGCUGCAGGUGGCGGGUCUUCAUCAGCCCCCCUUUAUUUGUGGCUUGCUCUAUGUCAUUUCUCAUCUCAGACAAACAUUCCCUGACCUCUCAACUUUGGUUGAGUCGCCCGAAGAAUCCGUAUUUGAUGAUGAAGAGCCUGAAAAUCGACCGACGUACGAUGGACGCAAACGAAAUCCAGAGCACAGCAACGCCCACCGAAGUUGCCUGUGGGAAGUGGUUCCAAUUCAAAGUCACUUCCACCCUGCCGUCAGCAAGUUUGCUUCUUCGUUGAUGGACAGAAACCAGAAAAUGCUGAAGCCCGAUAUGGAGAGCCACAGUCUUAUCAGAUUCUUGGACAAGUUUGUGUACAGAAACGCAAAGACCACGGAUGCACGUGGUGCAUCCAUUAUGCAGCCUCUCAAGGCCGCCAAGGAUAUUGGAGACAUCUGGCUGGGUAGCGGACGGACCAGCUCGUCCACAACCCAGGUCAACUCGGCUGCAUUCUGGAACAAGAAAGCAGAGGACGUUGCUGCCGAGGACGUCUUCUUCCACAAAUACUUCCAGCAAAUCGCCAAGGAGGGCAAGGAGACUACGAAGAAGGCAGCUGCAGGUGGCGAAGACGAUGAAGGCGAUGCGGAAGAGGACGAGAUCUGGAAGGCGUUGGUCAAUGCUCAACCUGAUAUUGACGAAGAUGCCUCCGAUGCUGGCUUUGACGAUAUGGAUGAUCUGGACAUGGGAUCUGAUGAGGAUGAUUCACCUGCCUUGUCACUCGAUGGCGAUGAUGAUGAGGAUGAGGAUGAUGUUAGUGUGGAAUUCGGUGACGACUCAGAGGAAGAAGGCUCAGAUGACGAUGAUUUGGUCGCUCCAGACGUGCCUGAUGAAGACGAGGAGAAGGGAGACAAGCGCAAGGCUAGAAGAAAGAUGCUCAGGGGUCUGCCUACGUUUGCGUCGGUGGACGACUAUGCAGAGCUUUUGGCGGGAGACGAUGACUUGUAG